AUGUCGGCGAUGAAUAUGACACGGAUUGUUAUUAGUUUGCUAUGGCUGUCCGCCCUUCUCGGAAGCUGCGUAAGCGCAUUAACAGUGGAUGAGACUGCAAAGUUAGACAACUACAUAAGGACCGUGAUGGACUGCAGACACCUUGGUCCCGGCGUCUCCGUCACCAUGGUUAAAGGUGGCGAAGUGGUUUACAGUAACUCGUUUGGCGUAGUCGACGUGGAAACGCAAGAACCGGUGACGCAAAAGAGUAAAUUCUGUAUCGGAUCCGCGACAAAGUCCUUCACGGCAACAUUGCUAGGAAAUCUGCUCACAGAGAAUAAACAAAUUAACUUUGACACACUCCUCAGCGAUAUCCUUGGAGAUAAUUUCACACUGAUAGAUACGCAGCGCAGUAAACACGCUAGCCUGAGAGACGUCCUUGUGCACGACAUGGGAGUUCAAAGGUUCGAUGGGUGUUUCAUGACUGGCGGUUUCUACAAUACGACGCGAGCGCAGGCUGUCAGGAAAUUAAAAUAUCUUAAAGAGGCGCUACCCUUCAGAAGCUACUUCAUGUACAAUAACUGGAUGUACAUGCUAGCGGGUUAUGCAGCUGAGAAGAUAUCCGGCACUGGUCAAACAUGCGAGCAGCUCAUCAGCGAUCGAAUUCUGAAGCCGCUAGGAAUGGACACAGCUGCAUGGGUCACGCCUGACCUCAACGACUGGUCAGGGUUUGCACUCCCUCACGCGUACACACUCGACGGAUAUAGGGCCACACAGCACAGCGGUAACAUAUUUGGCUACCAGACGGUCAUGUGGCUCCUACCUGACCUUAACGUGGGCGUUACCAUCAGCUGCAAUGGUCCGAGUGACGUCGGAAACCUCUUGGGAUUGCAAAUGAUCGUAUAUCACGCCCUUGACAUCUUGUCUGGCGAGCCAUCCUGGCUGAACGAAACGACCGCCUGCUCCUUUCCCGAACCUUGGGCUCGCAGUGAUUCAGAGGCCGCCGAUAUCCGUGACAUUCUCCUAAUACCAAAGGACUACUUCCCAGAGAGCAGUGGCGGUGAUUCGAGACCUAAUGACGCAUUACGUAAAGCUUCAUUGCCACUAGACGCAUUCAUUGGCCUGUACAGCAAUGAUUUUGCUGGCAGUAUGAACAUUUCCCUAAACACCGACAGAAAUUCGCUUUACUUCCGCCAUGGCACCGUAGGUAACGGUUACAUGACCAAACUACAAUUUCCUCCAAACUCAUUCAAAAUUGACUUCGAGGGUCCUCUUUGGUUUAUGAGCAACAGCACUAGUAUGAUGAAUACAAACCUCUACUUUUCCGUGAGCGAUGACGAUGAUGUGACUCAGGUCACCGUGCCGUGGUUUUCCGCGGACAUAUAUCCUGUCUUUACGAAAGAUCCACAAGCGCCUCCGCAGUCAGCGAAAUAACUUAAAGCCUAUGCAAACACCACUAUAUUAAAAAUUUGUGUUAUCACAUAAUUAGUUGCAGGAAAUUUCAUGAAAUCUUUUGUCAUGAUCGUAGAGUAGAUCGUUGAUACAUCUCAUCUAUGAAUAAAGCGUGUGAUUGAUUCGAUUCAUUUGCCAAUAACAGUUUACUUUUUAAUUGAGCAAUACCGGUGCAAAUGCUUUAGUGUAUCCUUAAAAUAGAGAGGAGGUAUUCUAGCACAGAUAUAUAUGAUAACAUUCCAUCAGUAGACUUCUCUUAAGAUAUAUGAAGAAGGCCUUGCAUGUAAGGUGCCCGUUGCAUAUAACAGUCA